UUUGUAAAUCCCCUUUCAGUUGGAGUUGAAGUGAAAUACGAACCAAAUUACUCUUAUAGUUUUUAGUUGCAACGUGAGACUCAAAUUAAAACAGAUAAAGGACAUCAAUCAAAGAACGUCACCUGCGUGCUGACUUCCUAUUAAUUCCUGGAGUUGAUUAAAAAAAUCAAAUAUAUUCAAUAGGAUAUUAAAGGUAGCGGGACAUUGUAGAGGGAUAAGUUAUAUGUCUCAAUGAGGUAGGUGGGUGGGGGGGGGGGGGAGAAGAUCUCUUGCUUGGAAUGCAUAAUAUCCUAUUUAGAAGCAAUAACUUGUAUUCUCCUUUUAGACUUCGGUAGGAUCAUGAAGUUAUUUCAUUGGUUUGGGCUCAUAUGUGCUUUUGUAGAUUGUAGUUGUGGUUUGAGCUGGGAUAUGCCAUAUUUACCGGACCAACAAUUUCUCCUAAUUAGGCAUUCAGUAAGAUACUGGAUGUCUAAUUAACAAUAAUUUUUGAACUUGCCAAAUUUCAUGCAAGCCCCCAAUUUCAGGCUCUUGAUGUUUAAGCCCUCUUUUCACCAAGUUAGUUAACUCAAGUCCCCAAUAAUAUACUUUUUUUUUGUAAAAUCUCCAACAAUAUAUGAUCACGCCGUGUUGUAGUGUAUAAUCAAAUUUACUGAAUAUGCUAAUGGUAUUAUGAUUGUAUCUACUUGGGUUUCCAACGAUUGACUACUCAAAAUCGGAUAUAAUACUCGAUUAAGGUGGAUUAAAACCAACACUAAAAACAAUAAAAAAAAAUUAAACCUAAGGGAGUAGAUUGCUCAGACCAUGCGCCCCUAAGUUCGAUUUACCGAUAAUUUACUUGAAAGGAUUGAAUCAUGUGCAGUUCCUUCUGUCUUUUGUCGCAAUAAUUACUCGAAAUGACAAGAAAUAAGGACCCUAAGGCUUUCUCCCUUGAUGUUUCGUGCAGUCUAAUUGACUGAUGAUGGAUAUGAGGGGCGGUCGUGUCCGCUCUCACCCUUCAAGAAAUCAGAUUUUAAGAUCUACACCACGAAGGGAUUCAUAUCUUGCCUAAAACACAAUCGAUUAACAAGAACUCAUGACAAACAUCAAUUCAAUCGUAAAAAGAAAUCAAACCAUCUUCCCAGGGUUUACGUAAAUGAACAACCUAAUGUCUACCUACUCAUAAGUAUAUAGGAAAUCAUAAGAGAGAAAGGUACAAGGAUAACCAGUAUGGAAUUUCCUUUGAUCUUGAAUUCUUCAUCUUCCUUCGUACCUCUUGAUUCGGGCCCAAAUGUACACAUUUUACCCCUCAUUUCUUAUUUAUCUAGCUUAGUAUUUCAUCAUUCCUCAACAUAUUUUACGCUAGGUUGUGCUUGUUUUGAUAGAUUUCAGGUCCUAGCACGUGUGAAAGGGUCGAGGAUGAGUUUUGUAAUAAUUGGAGGUCAAAAAGCACAAAACCCGAAGAAAAUCCAAAGCCCGUAACAUUGAAGUGAAGGCGUCCAGGAAACAGCCGCAGUUCACGGUCGGACAAGGUAGUUUACGGUCUUCUAAAACCGUGAAGAGGAGACAUGGUCCAUGAACAUCAAGGCGUCCAGGGCACUUACCGAGGUUACUGACGCCAGCCGAGUUCACGGUCUCUAACACCGUGAACUGGGGCCAUUGACCAUGAACCCAAGAGAGUGAAGCAGUGCAUUAUAGACGACAGUGAGUUCACAAACGCGUUUAGGUGGUCGUGGCCAUGAACUGGCCAACGCGUCCGUGUACUAAUCACUUAUGGGCAAAUAUGAAGUCAGCAGCGGGGAGAGAGAAUGGGGAGCUGGUUUUGGGAGAGAAAUUCAAUUCCCUCUCUAGGGUUUUCCAAAAACACCGAAAGGGGAGUUCUAGGGAGAGAGAGAGAGAGUGUGUGUGUGCUAGAGUGAUCUUGAAGCAUCAUUUGAGGCUUGGGUGGAGAAGGAUUGAAGCCUAGAAAAAGAAGAAGAAGAUCUUAAGCUCAAAUUUGUAAUCUCUCUCUCUCUCUAGAAACUCACUCUUUUCUCUUGGGUGUUGUAGAUCCCUACCUAAUACUUUGUAUUUAUUUGUUUAGAUUGAUUGAUUGUCAUUGGGUAUUAUUUAAUUCAAUGAUCGAGGUAUUAUUCAUGUUGAUUGUGCAUGCUUGUGCUUAGCAACCUAAGGAUUGUGCAUGAUCGUGCUUAGCAUCCUUAGGUUUGUGCAUGCUGGUGCUUAGCAAUCUAAUUAGCCACUUUAACCUAGAUUAGAGAGGAAAAUCCCCCUUUCAAGAGAAAGUCAAUCGAGUUGGUUUUCCUUUAGAUUUUUAAGCCGCCUAACUAGGUUAAUUUAGGGCAAAUCUCAAUGUGAAUUAAGCAAAUUGGUUAAGCGCGAUUAAGCCGUCCAACCCUUGAGUUGAGUGAAGCAGUAAGUCAACCACCAAUUUCCUAAACCGGGAGGGCCGCGUGACAUGGCCUAUAAUGUAUACCUUGGUUUAGCAAUCAAGAGUGUGGUCUACGACCAUAUUUACAUCCCUUUGCGGUUCGCGGUCACCUUGCCCUUAGCAAUCGUUCCGAUACAACGAGUCUUGGUAGCUAGUUAGGCGGAAGCAACUCCUGGGUGAAACUCCCUUAGUUAGAAUUUUCCUUUAUUUACUUUUCUUUGCUUGUUUAGUUUGUAGUUUUCUUAGUUUGAAAACCCAAAACCGUUUUGCUAGAUAACAACUUAAGCGAUUGAAGUAGGGGUACAUGGAUCGGCCUGGGUUGACAAUUUAAAUACUUGCUCUAUACUGCGCCCGACUAGAGUUUAAAAACUUGGGCUCUAGUCGGGAUUAAUUUGUGGUUUAGUUUCGUGCGAGUCAAGUUUUUGGCGCCGUUGUCGGGGAACCGCGGUCCAUUAUUCUGAAAAUGUCGCUUAGUGUUACUCUAGCAUUUUCUAUCUUGCCUCUUUGUUUAUGUUUUGUGUUUCGUGUGUGUUUUGGUUACCACUCUUCGUCUUGAAGGGUGGUUUGUGUGUGUUUGAUUUUUCUUUUGUUUUUAUGUAUUUGUAGGUAUUGGAUCAUGGAUCCUUAUGAUUUCACUGAAGUGUGGGGGUAUCCACCAACACCCGAGAAUGGUUACCCCAAAACUUCAUGAGACGAUCAAGAAGGGGGAAGUCUAGGACCCGGGUUCUACUACCAACCUCCCUUCCACGAAGAGUAACCAUGCUCAUGGGGAUACCAAGAAGCUUCCCUAUAUCAAGAAGGUUUCCCUCCGCAACUCGAGGUGAAAUCCAAGUUGGAGUUGGCCAUGGGGGCUUUCAUAGGCCAAACCUCACGACCAUGUGCCACUCCACAACCGGAGCCAAAGAACAAAUUAGAGCUCAUGGUGGAGCGAUUUGUUCGGGGCACCAAUGAAGUGUGCUCUAGCAUGGACCUCCCAAUCACCAACCCUAUCGAAUCAACCUUUCUUGAGGAGGCGGAGGAGCUCCAUAGACGCACGUAGAGUCUAGGAGGGCUAGUAGAGCAAGCAUGUGCACAACUUGCUCACAAUUGCCUCCUACCAUUGGAAAAAAGAGAGGAAGUCGAAGAGGCGAGCCAUGAUAAUUUUGGAAGAAUGAGCUCCAACAUGGAUUUCCAACCCCUCCCUCCUCCCAGUUUGACACUAGAGGAGAAAGUGGCACAAGCUUGUGAAAGUUAUCGCCUCUCAUUAUUUGAGGAGAAAGAGGAGGUUGAAGGAUCGAUCAAUGAAAACCGUGUGGAGCAAGACGAACUCUAACCGGAGAGCUCCCGUGGUUAGGAUGAACAAGAAGGUUGCAUUGACGACUCUCAUCCCUUUCCCCCUCCCGAGACCAACUUUAAAGACCAAGUCACGAGUGCGGAGGAGCAAGAUAACCCUUUCUAUGAUCUUGCAUGGCAACUUGCCCUCCAAAUAGUGCUUAAAGAAAUGAAAGGGAAGGAGUAAGAAGAGGUUGAAGAGGAGGAAGAAAGCAUUGAAGAGAGGGAAGAUCUCGAGUGUUCCCAAGGGGAGGAAAUUGAAGAAGAAGGAAGAGAGGUUGAAGAUGAAGGAGAAGGAGAAAGUGGUGUCCAAGACGAGGACGAAGUCGAGGUGGAUGAAGGACCCAUUUGUGGCUCUUUGCCAAGCCAAGGCCAAACCAUCGAUGAUCACUCUUAGUGGAUGCGAUGGGAGCAAAGAGAGGAUGCAUUACAUGGUAUGGGGCAAAGAGAAAAGUGAAAAAGUAAAGAAGGAGAGGUCUCGUGGGUGGAGCCUCAAAGCCACUCAAGUUCACGAGCCCUUAAUCAUGGACUCAUCCAAUGCUCGUGACUUGAGACAUCACCUCAGCGACGAGAACCUAAACUUCAAGGAGGUUCUUGGGUGGACCGAAAGUUGAAGAGUAACCGUCCGGCUCACGACGUUAAAGAAGCGCUUGGUGGGAGGAAGCCCAACCAUCAACAGUUCGCAUAAUUUUUCCAAUCAGUAAGUCAACUUUUUUUUUUGCCGCCUCCUUGCUCUUCCGGAUCUCACCUGCCCUCCGCUCCCGAUCACCAACAUUCACCACUAUCCGGUAACCCAAUUCUACUUCCCUAUUUUAUGCCAUUGAGGGCAUUGUCAAGCUUAAGUGUGGGGUAGUCCUUUAUGUAUUUUUGUGUGAAUGAUUGGUGUGAUUUUGAAUGCUUAGAGCCUUGAUGUAUGCCCAAAUUUGAAAAAAAAUUUGAGGGCCCCAGGCAAUGCUUGUUCUAAAUGGCCGAUUUGAGUGAAUCUCGUGCUUAUUUGGCGUCAUUCUUGAAUUGUUGCAUAUAGUCGAGUGCAAAGCAGUUAAAAUCGAGAGUUUACCUAAAAUCGAAAACUGUGGUAAAAUCGGAAUCGUAAAAUCGAAUCGUAGAAUCGUAGGAUUUUAAGUACCAUAUAGAAAUAACAUAUAAUAAUAUUAAUAAGGUAAAUAAUUAAUAACACAAAGACUUAUAAACAUUUAAAGUGAUA